CUCCUUCCUCCUCCCCCAAUCCCCGACCCGCCUCCUUCUCCUCUCCUCCUCCCCAAUCACCGCCUUGCGCCGCCUCUCCCCGGGAUGGAUCGACCGGCAGGAGCGACGCCGCACUCCUCUCAGAGGCGGCUGGAUGCGGGAGCCGCCACCGGCAGGGAGGACGCCGCGGUUUGAAGCGGCGGCGGCCUGCAGCGCGCGGCGAGCGAUGGGACGCCUAGACGCGGCAGCGGCGACGGAAGGCAGCGCCGAGCGACGGGGGCGGUUGGACGCGGCAGCAGUGGAGGCAGGGAGCGUGCCCGAGCGAGGAGAGGUCGUCGGCGGCUGGUGCCCUGUGUACACAUCGGGAGGAGGAUCUGCCGUCGGCCUCACGUUUGUGCAUCGUGCACCCUCCCGGCUGCCGGUGCGUCGAGGGUGGAUUGGCUCUGCUCAGGCAGGUGGCGGGCACCAUACUUGCUUCCAAGACUACGAGCACCACCUCUCGUCUUCCUCCCGAUCAAAAUCUUGCCAAAAGUCUAGAAAGAUGCCUGGACUGCUCCUGGAAGGAAAAGAGGACAGGAGUGGCACGGGGCAUGGACGUCGCGUGGACAUCACGGUGCCGCCACAUGCGCACCACCAUGAGGUCCAUCUCUUGAUGCCGCUUUGGUGUUGA